UAAUCGGAUCUCGCUAAAAAUCUGAGGACGAAAAUGGCGAUCUGGAGCUCACUUGCACGUUCCGCUCAGGUUUCUGGCCAGUUUAAUUCCCUGGUCCGUAAUCCGGUGCUACUCACAGCAGCCAAAAAUGCACUUGUGCAGAGCCGCUCGAUGUCCGGUGGACACGGUCCGAAGAUGUUCACCAUCACCCCAUCCCGGUUUCAGUGGCACAAGUUCAAGGAUAUGUUCCAUAUGUACGUGAUGGUCGGCGUUAUUCCGGUGUUGGCCGUCGUGUUCUAUGCGAACGUUUUUAUCGGCCCGGCUCAGCUGACGGAAACGCCGACAGACUACCAACCGAAGCACUGGGAAUACCACAAACACCCGAUUACUCGCUUCAUCGCUCGUUACAUGCUAAACAAUCCGCAGCAGGAUUACGAAAAAAUGCUACACCAUCUGUAUGAGGAGAACGAGAAGUCGCAGAUGCUGGCUCUGGAGGCGAAGAUUCGUGAUAAGAUGGCUGAGAGACACGAUUAUCAGUCUUACUAUUAUCGCCCGGCCAUCGGCAAGUACCACCGGGUGGCGAAGGAAGCGGCCGAUCACCUUGAAUCGAUCCGAGGUGAUUAAUUGUGGGGAAUUAUUUUGGAGGUGUUGUAGAAUCGCGUGAUUAAAAACAGUUAUUGAAUAAAUUGAGCUCCUUA